GAGAGCACGAUCAGGCCGGUUGGUUGUCCCAUCCAACAGGUGGCAUAUUUUAUAUAAGCCAUUGCCGUUCGAUAUUUUUUCUCAUUAGACGCCGGCCUGUCUGCCUGUUAACAUUGUGCGACUCUUCGUGGUCAGGAUAAGAGCCGGACAUCUUUUCGCUUUACUGUUCGCGAUAUUUUAUUGCCAACCGCGUAACUCGUUCAGUGCAAGGAAGGUGUGCGUGUUUUGUGGUUCGAGAAGCAGAGAAAAGAAGGAGAUACAAGCCAGCAGCAAGAUCGCGAUUGAUCCUUCAGAUGCAGUGCAGCGGAUCACGGAAACCAAAUUCUUCAAAACUUUUGGGUUUAAUUGACUCUAGCUGCUGACAACCUUCCAUCACCGUACAAUUUCUCAGCCACCCUGGAACACCGCCAUCCUCCGACGACGACGACGAGGAAGAAAAAAAACAGUGAGCCGAAAGGACAAAUUCAAAACAGGCAACAGCAACAUCUGCGCCACGUGCAAUACGUGGAAGGAAAGUUUCCAAGUCAUCAAUUAGAAAGUGGAAAAGAGGAAAAUAUUAUUAAAGAACAAAAUAUGAUGGCAUCACGCAAUGAUAAGACUCGAAGCGCGCUCAGCAAUCUGGCGACGGUCAUCUUACUCUGCAACUUGCUCGGGAAAAGCGCUCAGACGUGCCUUAAUGGAGGGGUUCUGUUGAAGUCUGGCCUGGCUCCGACCGAUAAGUAUGAUAUAUUGGAGGAGCACAACAAAUUGCGCCAGGCGGUCGCACAAGGGCUCAUACCUGGACAACCGGGCGCGGAAAACAUGCUGGAAAUGCAAUGGGACGACGAGCUUGCGAGGAAAGCACAAAACUGGGCUGACCAAUGUAUAUUCAAGCACGAUCCGAAAAAGAAAUUAGGGCGCUUCACAAUGGGGCAGAACCUGGCCCUUAUCUGGAGCAGCGCUUCGCUGGAGGACGACCGAGACAGCGAUUUUCCCGGGCGCAUUCGGAAGUGGUUCGACGAGGUUAAAAAGUACUCCUUCGGAGCAAAGUUCUCGCUGGCCACCGGUCACUAUAUGCAGCUAAUAUGGGCUGACACCUACCUUGUUGGAUGCGGAUACUCGUACCAUUAUUCUGGAAACAAAUACAACAAAUUGUAUGUCUGCAACUACGGCCCAGCUGGCAACGUCCAAGGACAGGUUCCAUACAUCACCGGGCAUCCAACGUGUGAACAGCAUGGACUGCAAAAGUCCUCCUCCUAUCCAGGGCUGUGUGCUGCACCGGCAGGAGGAGUGGAUCCUUACCAUCACGACAAUGUCAUUCCUCAGAAUUACUAUUCUUAUCAAGCCUCAUCAAAUAAUCAUGAGAAUCAACACUACACCUCGGUGCCGGCUAGACCCGCCCCCAUCGCCUACACUGCCAGCCACCCCCAGCCGUACGACAAUCAUAUCCUGUACAAUCUGGUGUUUGACCAGCACAAACAACAACAACAGCAGCACCAUUAUCAACAGGCUCACAUGCAGUAUCCAUCGCAUCAGCAAACAUAUCACCACUUGCCAAGCCCGGCGUCGGUAGUCAUUGCAACGACAAAUGCCGCCGCAAAUCUUCUCAAGCCCGGAAAUAUCCUCAAGUCACCCUUUUUGUCGUACCGGUGGGAUUUGCUGUUCAAUUCCCUGCACUAGACCGAAGCUUUACGGUUCCACUUUUGGAAGGCAGAAAGUUGCUUUUUCCACCGAAAAUUGUGUGCCAAUAGAACUCAUCCUUGCUGGUAACUGUAAUGUGUGCGCGCGCGAAAGGGAAGUGAGGAGCUGGGCUUAUCACUAACCUAUCGUCUCAAGCACACAAACGGCGAUUAACCAAUGAUGGCCAAGUCGAAAAAGUAUCACGCGAGAUUGUAAUUGGAUUCAGCAAACUCGCUGCAAGCAAAUCAAAGAAACGGCAGGGUUCUAAAACAUGAAAGCAUCUAAAAGAUGAAAUUCUCAGCAGCUAGCUUGCCACUUCCGGGGAACGUGCUAGAUGCAUCAAUUGGGCACGGAACAAAAAGCUUCGUUGUACAAUGGAUGGAACAACAGAAAUUGGUCACACCCAAACAAUAACAUCCAAGCGGGAAACAAUUGUCUGCUCAAAACCUGAGUAGGCUGGGAAAAUGCAAUCACACAUGCCAUGCACUUCAUCGUGUCGCCCGACGACGAUUUAACAAAGACGAGUAAACCCAAACAAAAGAUCAACGAAGAAAUAACAAAAUCGUGGCUGGCAAGUGCUAAACCUCAUACUUAUUGCUGGGGCUGCGGCAUCGCCAGCCGUGCUUGGCUGUUCGGGAGACAAUAAAUGACGAAGCAGGGGAUUAGACACCACUUCUGGCAGCGACCAGACAUUCUGCAGAGCCCAAAGAAUAACUUUCCCUGGCGGACGGUGUAAGGGGGGUGCGUGCGGUGGCCUCCGGCAGUAGGAAAUUUCAACAGGAAAUGGCUUACUCUCCCGCACUACCUCGAUACGUCCUGUACGGGGCGGUGGGACGUGGGCAGAACUAGGGAAAUAAUAAUUAGACUGCAUACUCAACGGGCGAAAUAACUAGUGGGACAUGGAUAGGGUGGUUCAAAGAAACAUGUUUUAAACAAUUCUUCAACUUUUCAAAAGGACCUAAGUUACAUUUUUUUCAUGAAAUUAUUUGAGUACUGCAGUCAAAAGCUUUCAUAUUGGUCUGUUGAUUGCAAUAUUUGAAUUAAUUCAUGAAUAAAAUGUUACUUAGGUCCUUUUGAAAAUUGAGCGAGAAUUUCUCAAAAAUCAAACAAAGUCAAAUUUAUAAGAUUUCCAUACAGAAUCUAGUUCAAUGGUUCAAUAUCGAGUAAAAGACAUUUCACUGUAGCAAAAUUCAAUGUUGAUUACAGACUGUUCGGUUCGAAAUUCGAAGGUUGGCAGAUCUCUGAGUGCUUUGUGAUGCAGUGAAUAAAGGGUGGAUGAAUCCUUUUCAAGUGGACUACUAGAGUCUUGUGAGAUGAGCCGCGUUUGAACGAUCUCGGGCUUCGGCACAUCAUUUUUUAUCAGUCGCUUUCAGAUGUUCAUCAGCAGCAUCUUCAGCCUCUUCCGUUUACCGCUCAGCCACGAUCGGCCUCAACUGAUGCUUCCGCAUAAACAAUGUCCAUCUUAUCCGGGUUUUCGUAAGACGCUCUCGCCUUCAGAAUGGAGAUAAUGGUUUGAAUGCCAGAUCGACUAUUACCGGAGAAUACGAAGUGUCCCACGAUGUCCGAUGUUCUUCGCUCCGGAGUUUUGUUUCAUCCUAACUGACGGCGAUGGUGUCGCUUAUAACACUAUCAAAUCCGUUCAAAGAAUUUUCAAUCCACAACGUCUGGCAAAAAGCUGACUUAUCAAUUAACUGUUGAUCAUAUGGCCUUACUUCAUCAUACUUUCGUUAGCAGUUUUCUUUCACCGCAUCAUGUCAUAAGCAAGUAAUUCAUCAACUUCUAAAUGUUUAGUAUGGAUUGUCUUGCUUCUGGUGACCUUCUUUGCUCUACCAGGACGACGACUUCUAUCCGAAGCUUCCAUCGUGGUUCUUACUUGCUCGGGACGUUACCGAUGUUCUUUGUGAAUCCUGGGCUUUCCUUGCGGUCGUUGGAAGGCUUUAUUUAUUAUGACAGUCAUUGCUUUGUUCGAGACUUCUAUCAUCGCCAACCCGAGGUGUCAUUGAUGCCUUUCACUUAUUAAAGUCUACACAUCACGCCAGGUGCUCGAACACCUCUCGCAAGCUUUGUUUUUUUUCUAACUCAAUGUUUGGUGAUCUUAAGUUUCAUAUCCCAAUAUUCCAGUUUCGAUAUAACUCCAUCAUUACUUACUAUUCAGGAUACUGAUGAGCACCUUUAUCCACGUUAUAUCCUUUUAGUUGAUGAAAGACAUAUAAGAAUAGACGUAAUUUCAAAUCUUCCCAGUUUUUCAAGUAACACCAGGAUUUUUUUUCUUUUAUUUCAAUUUGUUUUCGUUUAUCCACUAAAGUAAAGCUUUCAAUGUGAACCACCCAACCGUAUAACUAAACGAGGUAACCUCAAACCACAUCCCUAAAACUGUCCGGCGAUGUUCAGCCGCAAGCAUCCUGGCGAGCAUAACUUGACUCUGUUUCCGACACCACUUGAUGGACAAGAGUGCAAUUAACGAUCGGUGCAGUCUCGGUGGGAAAAAAGAACUUUAAGCCAGAUUAGAUGGGACAACGAGAGAGCGAGAAGUGAAAUUACCAAAACCUUGUACAAAUCACUUUAGAUUUUAGCAUAUAAGAAAACUUUGGAAUAAUUUGCUCUACCGCCAGGGGAGGCAGUCCAGUCUGGCCGAAGAACAUCUGCCAGCAAAUUGGAAACCCUCUUGGUGGAACGUGCAAGUGCAUAUAGUUAGAGCAGACACGGUAAAGCUAAGGGCGUUAAUUUAUUUAUUACUCACUCAGAAGAGCACAGCGAACAAAGAGCAUCUCUAAUCCUUGCCUGGAAAAUCUCCGGCAGGGGAUCGGCACAGACAAACAAGCGAACAAAUUUCAAGAUAAAAAAAAAUCUGUGAAAAAUGCUAGUGUGAAAUUUCAAACAGUGAAGAAUACGAAACGUAACCACGAGUUAACUAAAUUAAAAUCAACCGUUUGAUGCCUUUUUGUCUGUGGUAUCGAUAUGCCCUGCCAGGGCAUACACUAAGAUGAAUCAAUCGUUGAAUAGAUGUUCGGCUAGAGUAGAGUGGGGAUUUGAAUAGGACGCAUGUAUGCAGGGAAAACAGUAAGUCUGUCUGGUAGAAGAUAAUCAUCAACUUUCAUACGCUAUGGCUUUAUGUGAACAAUAAGGAUAGGACAAACAUUGAACGGCCAUUAUAUGAUUCACCUGGUUCUUUCAUGUCGCAGGUCUAAUAAGAGUGAAAGGUAGCAUUCAGGAAUGCUGCUUGAUAUGAAAAGAGCGCAAAUAUGCCGGAACAGUUUGCAAUUAUCAACAACGGUAGGUAUAGGUUGCAUAAAAAUCACAUAACGACUUGGAAAGAAGGUGAUUAUAUUGACAGUCUCAUGGCAUGGGUCGUGCAGAUGAAAAUCGAGAAAAUAUUGAUGGACUACACGGUCAUUGUAAUAUACUACGUUAGAAAUACAGUUAAUAGAUGUUUCACUGAGUGUGAAUAAUACGUUUACUUCGUAGAACUGAUAUGUAUCAUAUUUGAGUAUAAAAUAAUCCUUAGUUAAUAAAGAUAACCUUUGUUAAAGUUAGGAAUGAAGAAGGCUUUAAUGUACUGACCACGAUUUCAGCACAAACUGGAAAAUUUUAUUAUGUAUAUUACAUGAAAUAAUAAAUACUAUGCGAA